AUGAUGACCACGGUGCACCCGUGCGCGCGUCAGCACGGGCCGCGUCAGCAUGGGCCGCGUCAGCACGGGCCGCGUCAGCACGGGCCGCGUGGCGGGCGCCAGGUGCGUCUCGUGGCGCCCGGCAGGGAGGUGCGUCUCGUGGCGCCCGGCAAGGGGGUGCGUCUCGUGGCGCCCUGCAGCGAGGUGCGUCUCGUGGCGCCCGGCAGCGAGGUGCGUCUCGUGGCGCCCGGCAGCGAGGUGCGUCUCGUGGCGCCCGGCAGCGAGGUGCGUCUCGUGGCGCCCGGCAGCGAGGUGCGUCUCGUGGCGCCCGGCAGCGAGGUGCGUCUCGUGGCGCCCGGCAGCGAGGUGCGUCUCGUGGCGCCCGGCAGCGAGGUGCGUCUCGUGGCGCACGGCAGCCAGGUGCGUCUCGUGGCGCCCGGCAGCGAGGUGCGUCUCGUGGCGCCCGGCAGCGAGGUGCGUCUCGUGGCGCCCGGCAGCGAGGUGCGUCUCGUGGCGCCCGGCAGCGAGGUGCGUCUCGUGGCGCCCGGCAGGGAGGCGCGUCUCGUGGCGCCCGGCAGGGAGGCGCGUCUCGUGGCGCCCGGCAGGGAGGCGCGUCUCGUGGCGCCCGGCAGGGAGGCGCGUCUCGUGGCGCCCGGCAGGGAGGCGCGUCUCGGGGCGCCCGGCAGGGAGGCGCGUCUCGGGGCGCCCGGCAGGGAGGCGCGUCUCGGGGCGCCCGGCAGGGAGGCGCGUCUCGGGGCGCCCGGCAGGGAGGCGCGUCUCGGGGCGCCCGGCAGGGAGGCGCGUCUCGGGGCGCCCGGCAGGGAGGCGCGUCUCGGGGCGCCCGGCAGGGAGGCGCGUCUCGGGGCGCCCGGCAGGGAGGCGCGUCUCGUGGCGCCCGGCAGGGAGGCGCGUCUCGUGGCGCCCGGCAGGGAGGCGCGUCUCGUGGCGCCCGGCAGGGAGGCGCGUCUCGUGGCGCCCGGCAGGGAGGCGCGUCUCGUGGCGCCCGGCAGGGAGGCGCGUCUCGUGGCGCCCGGCAGGGAGGCGCGUCUCGUGGCGCCCGGCAGGGAGGCGCGUCUCGGGGCGCCCGGCAGGGAGGCGCGUCUCGGGGUGUUAUAG